AUGGACAGUGAGGAAAAAGCGCCGCUGCUGGUGCCGGUGCCGGCGCCGGCGGUGGAGGGUUGCCCCGGGUGCGCGAUGGAGCGGCGGAAGGCGAGCAGCAACGGGAGGAUCCCCUACAAGGAGUUGUUCUUCGUCGGCGUCACCUCCCUCGCCUCAGCUUUGCCAAUCACGUGCCUCUUCCCCUUCCUGUAUUUCAUGGUAAGGGACUUCCACAUUGCUAAAACAGAGGAAGAUAUUGGAUUUUAUGCUGGUUUUCUUGCUGCAUCAUACAUGGUGGGCAGAGGCUUUUCUUCAAUUUUCUGGGGCAUUCUCGCAGACCGUAUUGGACGGAAGCCUGUCAUCGCAUUUUCAAUCUUGUCUGUGGUCAUAUUUAACACAUUAUUUGGUCUAAGUACAACGUAUUGGAUGGCAAUUACUACAAGACUUGUGCUGGGUGCUCUAAAUGGCCUGCUUGCCCCAAUAAAGGCAUAUUGCGUUGAAGUUUGUCAAACCGAACAUCAGGCACUUGGACUCUCAAUUGUGAACACGGCAUGGGCUUUGGGUCUUAUUGUGGGUCCAGCUCUUGAGGUUACCUUUCACAGAUUUCCAUAUCUUUUACCCUGUCUAAGUGUAUCAGCAUUUGCUACAAUUGUCCUCAUAAGCUGUGAAUGGCUUCCGGAGACUAUACAUAAACAUAAAGUUCCCGAAAUGGAUACCAAAAUAUUUAAAGCAUUGUCAUCAGAAGAGGGUUAUUGGGAUCCACCUCGCAAGAAGAAGAGUUUGCUCCAGAACAGGCCUUGGAUAUCAACUAUGCUACCUUACUGCAUUUUUAGUCUUCAUGACACAGCAUAUAGUGAGAUACUUUCCUUGUGGGCUGUGAGCGAUCGGAAGUAUGGCGGCCUUAGCUUCUCAACUGAAGAUAUUGGUCAGGUUUUUGCUAUGGCAGGUGCCAGUCUUCUAGUAUACCAGCUUAUCAUUUAUCGCUGGGUUCAUAAAAUUCUUGGAGCAGUGAACUCAUCACGUAUUGCAUCUGCUGUGUCUAUACUUGUUCUUGCAACUUAUCCCUUUAUGACAUACCUAUCGGGAGUGAAACUUUCAUUUGCUCUUUAUUCUGCUGCCAUGAUGAGAAGUGCUCUUGCGAUCACUGUCAACACAGGAAUUUCCCUUCUACAGAAUAAUGCUGUGUGCCAAGAACAAAGAGGCACCGCAAAUGGUAUAUCAACAACUGCAAUGUCAUUCUUCAAGUCAAUUGCUCCAGUAGGUGCAGGGGCUCUAUUCUCAUGGGCACAAAAACGUCAAGAUGCUGCUUUCCUGCCAGGUGAUCGGGUGGUGUUCAUGGUGCUGAAUCUGGUGCAGCUCCUUGGGCUGAUAUCCACCUUUGAGCCCUUUCUGGUGUUACCUGCAUUGCCAAAGUAG